CUGAUCCCUUUCCAUUCUUCCUUACACACAGACACACAACAUGGCGGUCUAGAAUGGUCGGCCGACGCGCCCGGACUUAGCCGACUAACCGAGGGAUUCAACCCCCAGAUGUGCCCGGAAGCUAGUCUUUGAGGACACAUGAGGGCGAAUUAAUCAUUUUUAUCUGGAGUGCGCUACGUUUUCUUGGAUUCACCGCGUAAACUUGACAGCGAAGUGUUGUUGGUGGUGUGUCCCAAAUCGAGCCUCCCUCUGCUAUCACCAGGUUCCCCCCCACCCCGCUCUCACUCUCGGAUUCAGGGGUGUGGAGAGACGGAGACGGGGGCCGGGGUCGACAGCGUGGACGAGAAAGCGGACUCACAUUCCGACUUUCCUUGGCCUUUGCCCCUCCUGGGCUUCCUCUGGGCGUUACUGGCGUCUCGAAACCUGCUGUGCGAAUGAGUGAUUGAACCCAUCUUCGUGUCUUCAGGGCAGAAUGGGUGCGUGUCCCUUGGUCCUGCUGCUCAGUCUAGCCCUCGGGGCCUCAGCCCAGGAUCAUGUCCCUGUCACAAGCGCUCCAAAUAUCUCCGAAAAAUCAACAGAACUCCCCACCGCACAUGUCAACAUCACAGUUGGACCCAAGCAAACCGCAACAGGGCCACCGACUACACCGGCCCAUGGAGUCAUCCCAGAGACGGCGACAACACAGACGAUGACAACAAUCGCAAUCCCAGCUGUUGCUGAGGAUGUGCAAGCGGAAGGUGCUGAUGCCACUGUGAGUCUGGAACCGAUCCCUCCUCCCCCGUCACAAGCUCCAUCUGAUGGCUCUCAGCCGACGCAAAUCCCAGAGGCUCCCUCUACCACCUCAGUGGGCAGUGAGAAUGGGACCUCGGGUUUCAUACCAGACACGCCUACUCCCGAAACGUACAUUGAAGACGAUGACACUUCCUUGGAGACAGAGUCCACUACAGAACCGGACAUGUAUUUCACCUCGGAUGGUAACCCUCAUGACGACAGUCCUUCUGAUGACAUGCCAAUCAUAGCAGUGAUGGUGGCCCUGUCUUUCCUGUUGGUCAUCAUCUUCAUCAUUAUCAUCCUCUACAUGCUCAGGUUUAAGAAAUACAAGCAAGCUGGAAGCCACUCCAACUCGUUCAGACUGGCCAAUGGUAGAUCAGAUGAUACAGAACUCCAGAGUGUGCCGCUAUUGGCCCGUUCACCGAGCACAAACAGGAAGUACCCACCCCUUCCUGUCGACAAGCUGGAGGAAGAAAUGAAUCGUCGCAUGGCUGAUGACAACAAGCUAUUCAGGGAGGAGUUUAAUGCUCUGCCAGUCUGCCCUAUCCAGGCAACGUGUGACGCUGCCUCCAAGGAAGAGAAUAAAGAAAAAAACAGAUAUGUCAACAUCCUGCCAUAUGAUCACUCAAGGGUGCAUCUCUCAUCUCUGGAAGGAGUCCCUGACUCUGACUUCAUCAAUGCCUCCUUUAUAAAUGGUUACCAGGAGAAGAAUAAGUUUAUUGCAGCCCAAGGGCCAAAGGAGGAAACGGUAAAUGACUACUGGCGAAUGAUCUGGGAACAGAACACAGCCACCAUAGUCAUGGUGACCAAUCUGAAGGAGAGGAAAGAGUGUAAGUGUGCACAGUACUGGCCGGACCAGGGCUGUUGGACAUAUGGGAACAUCCGUGUUUCUGUGGAAGACACAAUGGUUCUCGUAGAUUACACCAUCCGCAAGUUUUGCAUCCAGCAGGUUGGGGAUGUGUCUGGAAAAAAGCCUCAAAGACUAGUCACUCAGUUCCACUUCACCAGCUGGCCAGAUUUCGGUGUCCCCUUCACCCCCAUUGGCAUGCUGAAGUUUCUCAAGAAAGUGAAAACAUGCAACCCUCAAUAUGCUGGGCCCAUUGUGGUCCACUGCAGUGCGGGAGUAGGGAGAACAGGUACAUUCAUCGUGAUAGAUGCCAUGUUAGACAUGAUGAAUGCUGAGAGGAAAGUGGACGUGUUCGGCUUCGUCACCAGGAUUAGAGCCCAGCGCUGUCAGAUGGUCCAAACUGAUAUGCAGUAUGUGUUCAUCUUCCAAGCGUUGUUAGAGCACUAUCUGUAUGGAGACACAGAGCUGGAGGUGACCUCUCUGGAGUCCCACCUGGCCAAACUGUACGCCCCUGCACCUGGAGCUGGCUGCAGUGGUCUGGAGGCUGAAUUCAAGAAACUGACAUCCAUCAAGAUCCAGAAUGACAAGAUGAGGACAGGCAAUCUGCCAGCCAACAUGAAGAAGAACAGAGUUCUACAGAUCAUUCCAUACGAGUUCAACAGAGUGAUCAUUCCAGUUAAAAGAGGAGAGGAGAACACUGACUACGUCAAUGCAUCUUUCAUUGAUGGUUAUCGUCAGAAAGACUCUUACAUGGCAAGCCAGGGCCCCCUGCAACACACCAUUGAGGACUUCUGGAGGAUGAUCUGGGAGUGGAGAAGCUGCUCAAUAGUGAUGCUCACUGAGCUGGAGGAGAGAGGGCAGGAAAAGUGUGCUCAGUAUUGGCCCAGUGAUGGAGUGGUUGUCUAUGGGGACAUCUCCAUUGAACUUAAAAGGGAGGAAGAGAGUGAAAGCUAUACAGUGCGUGACCUCCUGGUCACCAACAACAGGGAGAACAAGGCUCGAGCGGUGCGUCAGUUUCAUUUCCAUGGCUGGCCAGAAGUGGGCAUCCCCACUGACGGUAAAGGCAUGAUCAAUAUAAUAGCUGCAGUGCAGAAACAGCAACAGCAGUCUGGCAACCAUCCAAUCACAGUACAUUGCAGUGCUGGUGCAGGCAGGACAGGGACAUUCUGUGCAUUGAGUACAGUCCUGGAGAGGGUGAAGGCAGAAGGCAUCCUGGAUGUUUUCCAGACAGUCAAGAGCCUCAGACUGCAGAGACCCCACAUGGUGCAGACACUGGAGCAAUAUGAGUUCUGCUACAAAGUGGUUCAGGAGUAUAUCGAUGCCUUUUCCGACUACGCCAAUUUCAAGUAGAGAUCCAUCCUGGAUAAUGUCACUCUACAUGUCAUACUAACACCACAUGCAUUCACCAGAACACACAUGGACAUGACCGUGCAGAAAGCUGCGUACUUCCAUCUGCAGGACUUUAUUUUCUUUUUCUAAAAGACUUGUUUCUAUGGAUGGGACAAAGUGACCACAGGAAAAGGGAACAAGAAUUCAGUCCAGAGGACAGGACAGCACAGAUGGAAGGAGACGAGAUAAAGGAGAUGCCUUCUUGAGUAUUUUGUAACAAGUCUUGUUGAUACAGCCCCUGAUGUGCUUACAUAUACAUACUUACUGUGUUGCAUCUUAUUACUUUAGUUUCAGACACAGUUUUGAGUUUGGCUGCAUUUCUGGGUGGCCCCUGUAAAGUAUUUUAUUGCUAUAUAUAUAUAUAUAAAAAUCUAUAUGAAUAUAAAACAAAUACUUUGGAGGCUUAUGUAAAAUAAUGUUUUUUUUAUUUUUACUUUUUACAGACAGAGAAUUUAACAGCUUUUGGCUUUGCCAGAUCCACAGUGUAGCAACAUGAGCAGUGGCGAAGGCUGUGAUAAAUUACACAUACACGCACAGAUCAGUUUUGUCUUCACACAGACUAAGUAGUUAUAUAUUUCAAGCCACUUCUGAACUCCACCCCUCAUCAAAUAUACACAUGGCCAGCAGUCUGGUUAAGUGUUCAGAGUAUUUGUUGGCCUUUAAAACACAGCGUACGCUGAUGGAGAGGUCACAUGUCUUCUGUCUUGACAGAGAUGAAGUUACUUGGUUUUGCAACUCUUAACGAUUAUGUUUAGACGUGUGGAAAAGCAAGAAUCUGUGGUCAAUGGCAAUUUGAAUUAGUAUGAAUAUAUAUAUAUAUAUAUAUAUAUAUUUUUUUUUUUAACCCACUAGAAUUUUCACUAUAUUGACAAAAGUAUUUAGGCACACCUCAGAGUAACAACCCAUUGUUGCAAUCCCAAUAACUCAUCCUACCAAGACAUUUUGAUCAGUCUUUCAAAUAUUGGCACUUUUCUGUUCUUGUGGAAGUAAAUGAGAGCCCUGACCUCAAGCCCAUCAAACACAUUUGGGAUGAAAUACAAAAGCGUUUGCGAGCCAGGCGCUCUCGUUAAGCACUGAUGACGUCUGACCCCCACAAAAAAAAAAAUCCACCCCCCUAAGACCAUAUUGAAAGUUGGAGGGACCAACUCCCAUGUUUUAUUCCCUUCUCUGUAAUUAUGGCUGUCCCAAUACUUUUGUCCAUAUUGUGUAAGCUAAAAAAAAAAAAAAAACGCUACACGCACACACCAGUAUUUCCUCAAAUAUUGUGUUGAGCCUUUCUUGCUUUUCCUUUGAGCCUCUUGUUGAUAUCAGACGGACAUCGCAACGCUGUAUUGUCACUAUUCCCACCAUGAACACUGAUGUCGAAUGUCGCUUUUUAUUCAAAUGCUGUUUAACAAAAAUGGGUAUUUGCCUUUUUUACUUUGCGUGCCAUGCAGUGUUUACUCAUUUCUUUUUUGUUUUAAUUGCUGUAUACCCUGAGGAAAACUCACCUUAAAAACAGUAGUUCAAGUGAGUUGAUGCCAUUUCCCCCUUUAUGAUUGUAAUGAAUGAUAUGAAUGAUGCCAGUCCAGUGCAGGGCGGCAGGUCAGCUGGGAUGUUUACUGGGGCAACCUAGGAAAUGACAGUCACCGGAAUAUUUACAUUUACACAGAACUCCACACAGCAGGAUAAUUCAUCUGGAAUCCAACACAUUUCAGGCACAUGACAAAGGUUGAAAUCGGCAGUGAAAGUGUUUGCAUGAUAGAUUGUAAGUGACACAUUUUGAUUGAAAACAAGAAUGACACUCGAGUGCCUUGAAGAGUGCAAUACCUCCUACAAGGACCAACAAUCCAAACCCACUCCUGCAUGUGUCUGAAUUGUGGCAUUAAGAUUCCAUCAUUUUUCAGAGUUUCUUUAAAAUGUGGACACAUACAGUACCUAUAUCUCGCAAAAAAUCCUGGAUCCUCGCCAGAAUUUACUCAUUUUCACGCAUUUUCAUAGGAACCACAAACAAAUGAGAAAUGCUAAACAUAACCUCCACGACUGCGGUCAAAUCUUCCUCCAAGUUUACCAAGCUGUUUAAUAAUAAUUCAUUGUAAAAAAAAAAAAAAAAUCCACACUUGAACAUAAUUUACAUCACACUGAUGUGAUACUUGUUUGCAUUGUACAAAACGUCAUCAGUGUUGAUGUGUCUCUGCACUAUUUGCACCAAAAGCAAAAAAAAGCCCUUACUAAAUAUACAGAAAUGUGCAGAACCACAUGGAUGAUUGAUACUGGAUUUGGGGAAUUCAAGUUUGUUCUCUGUAGAGGUUUAAAGUAGCACAUUUUGACCAGAAAUUUCAGGUCUCCCCCCACACAUCCCCAACCCCACCCCCAAAGCAUCCUUCACAAGUGCCCACAGUCUGUUAGAAGACAAUUCUUUCCUCCAGUUGGACAGUUGUUGUUUUUUUUGAGUCUUCAGUCACUGUCGUGGUCACUUCUUUCUCGCUGCAGUGGAACAGCAAAGUAUGACACUGUGCCAACUUGCAAGAACCACAAUUGUAUUUCUUCAACUGAAAAAAAAGUGCCUCACUAAUAUAUUCAGUGUUCAUUGUAAAACUUGAGCCAUCGUAUGUGGCGGGAUAUUUAAAAGCUGAGCUUUGUAUUACUAGAAUUAAAAUGUGGGUGAUUUCUGUUUUUGAUUUCAGUUUUAAAGCUGGAACCAAGACUAGAUUAGUCAUCUUUUCAUUUACAGUGAAUUUCUUCCAUUCUCAUAAAAGUGUAAUAGAUAGCUUUUUGGUUUAAACAAAAAACAACAGCAAAAACUUCCCAUACUUUGUCAGGAGUAUGUGAAAGAAGUAGCCAACAACUGAGAAAAGAAGUUGUACAUGAGUUCUACAAUGACUACAUUGGAAGCUGUUAAAAGUGUUGAAGAUAUGAGGAAGUCUACUUCCUACCUUCUUCUCUCCAGCUAAAUGUGUUCUUUAUGUCUCCUACUGCGCUCAUCCCUUUUCCUCUCGGACACUUUUCCUUCGACCGUCUUCUUCGUUUUGGUCCUAUACUGCCCUAGUCCUUUUGUACAUAAUGUAAGGUUAUUUAUAUUUCAUUCCUGCCUGCAGCUGUGCUUAUUUUAUUACCCAUCUCCCCCCUUUUUUCCCCUUUGGGGGAAAAAAAUGUAUAUUAAAUUGUAACGGGACCAUUUUGAAAUGUAUUGGAUGUUUUGUUUCAGCUCUUCUUAAUUUGGUCUAAUUGUCUUAAGAUAAUCCUAUUUUUUAAUUUGCCUAUUUUUGGUUUCUAAUGUUUUGUUAUUCAACAUUUGAAUAUAUGUGUAUAUAAUUAUAUAUAAGAUAAAAUUAUAUAUAAUUAUAUAAUGCCUGACGGCCUUUCUAAGCUGUUCAAAACUAAUAAAGUGCUUGAGAUUUUU